CAUACGUUUGUUAUUGCAUCUUAGUAUAUUUGACUUUAAUACCUUCUAAGUUAAAGUUUUUAAUAAUUAUGGUCAUUCCCCACUCUGAUUGGUCAUUUACAAAAAUGUAUAGCAAAAAUUGUCAAAAUUAUUGCAGCUCAGCAUCAAAUAGAUAAUCAAGCUAAGAAUAGUCGUGUGAAUGAUUCCAAAGUGAAUUUCGUUGUAAGACUGAAUGCUACUGAUUCAAGUGUCUAAUUACAGACAUUCCAAAAAUGUCUCCCAGUUCUGUGAAUCAUGCUGCUCUCUUGGUAGUAACUUUCGUUUCAGUAGCGAAAUGUCUCAUCAAAUACAAUAGCGUCAUCCUGUCGAAACCAGAGCAUUAUUAUUUUGAAGAGGAGUUAACUGCGAAAGGCAUCAUUCCGGAGGUUGUGCCACGAGCACCGUUUAGAAUAGUUUAUCUUGAAUAUCUCAAUAAAAAUCAUUCCGUUUUACCGGGCGCCAAAUUUAUGGUAGGACGACCAGACGGACCGGUUGCUAAGGAACCAUAUAAUGUUACAUGGGGAGCAAAUGCAACUGAUAUAUACACACUGUGCCUAUUUGAUUUUGAUGCCCCUGUGCGAGCAGCUCCAGUCUUACGGAGUUACAUACAUUGGUUAGUCGGGAACAUACCUGGAGCAGGCGUGAAAAAUGGAGAGACAUUUUUUGAAUAUUUUCCUCUGAGAGCCCGUGCUGACACAGGGACUCAUAGAUACGUCAUGCUCAUUUGGAGGCAGCCAAAAAUCUUGGAAUUCAAAGAACCGUAUCGCAACGGAACAGAUGAGGAUGAUCGUGUCGAUUUCAGCAUAAAUGAAUUUGAGAAGAAGUACCAACUGGAACCUCCGAUCGCUCUCACAUACUUCGAGUGUGAAUAUGAUCACACGAUUAAGAACCCACACUUACGAUACGACGACGAGGAAGUGAAGAGGAAGAACGAAGAACUGAGGAAAAAUGCGAAACCAUAUGACGAUUUGACAGAAUGGGUGGGAUAAUGUCGAAACUGUGAUAAAAAUUGUCAAAAUAUUUUUAAAAUAUAUUCGAAGAAAUACUUACAAGA